AUGGAUUACGUAAGUACGCCUUCACUAUCCGUUACAAAAUACGUUGAAGAUGAAGGUGCUGCACAUAAGACCUUCGACGAUGAGGACUUUGAUAUAGUCGAAGUGGCAUCUUUCUGGAAUAAAGGCAAAGCCCUCGUCAAAUCAAAGAAGACACAGUCGGAGAAUGUGCCUUUAAUUGAGGAUGACUUCAACGAUAAGGCGUACGAGCAAUUCAUUGAGUCGGGCAGAACUGUUGUCGGGCCUUUCAAGACGAAGGAAGCGAUCCCCCGUAACCAAUAUGGGUUUUACAAGUUUAUUUUUAGCAACACGUUAGAUCCGGGAUAUGUGCUUGCGAAAUUUCGAAAGUUUGAAGUGGAUAGGAGGUGCAUGGCAUCGUUGCGACCGUUGCGAGAAGUUGAGGGAUCCAUCAUUGACUGUUUUUCUAUACUAAUGAACAAGUACGAACGUGAUAGUCGAUUACCUGACCAACCUCGUGUUUGGUACAUGCCCACUCGCAUCUCGCAAAAAACUCUCGGUUCGUUUAAUGUGAAGAGGAUUGCGAAAGACCGGGAGUGGUCAAAACUGUUUUACGAAGACAACUUGGAAAAAUGCGUCAAGAUGUUUGUGCCGGUGUUGACUCUAGAAGGUGCACCACAUUGGUUUGGUGCCGAAGUAAAUAUGAAGUCCAAGGUUGUCUCAUUUAUGGACUCCCUACACACCGCAAUGAAUGAGAAGUAUCGUGUGGAGGCUACGAAAGAAAUGGUAAACUUGCAAAGUUUCAUUGUUUGAUGUGAAUAACUCAUUCUUCAUUGAAUCUAACUAAUUGUAUACGUUUGCAGUUGUCGACAUUGGACCUUUUGUUUGAGGAGAAUAGGUCGAAGAAUGUGACUUUCGUGGAUUUCAGAAUUGACAGGAAAGAUCGCGGGCUUCCUCAACAAGACAAUGACCGAGAUUGCGGAGUAUACGUCAUGAAGUACAUGGACUCUGUGGCCAAUGAGGAAGAAGUAGUUGAUGAGUUUCACCCGGUUGAGGCACGUUUGGAAAUCGCUGCGAGGAUCAUAACUGAUGAACAAAAUGAAAUUCGUACCAAAGUGGUUGAAGAUCGUAGGGCUGCACAAGGCAGCUCAUUUGCAUCAUCCUCGGCCCCUUUGCGUAGUCCGUCAAAGUCUCCACGCGAUCCUCGGUUCAGUACAGCGAAGUCUCGCAAUGCAAACAUGUUUCCCCCGUCAAGAGCCUCCCCUAAGCUUCAGUCUACCAAGACUAAGAUUUCAUAUGGUGAAUAGUGUGUGAAAAACACUUGUGUUAUUAAUAGGUUGUGUUAUUAAUAGGUCGUGUUAUUAGUGUGUUGUGUAGUUUGGAUUUGGGAGCAUAGGUUGUGUUAUUUGUGUGUUGUUUAGUUUGGAUUUGGGAGCAUUUGGAUUUAGACAUAUGUUUUUAUUAGUUCACGUUUGGAACUGGUUAUUAUGUUCACAGACUUGUGUUUAUUUUAGUUUUGACAAUAUAUUAAACCAUACUUAGCAAAUCUUUGUACUCACACCAUAACAACUCUUACAAUGUACCCAUACUUCAGAAGUAGUUGAUUGUACUUCACAGAAAUUAUUUAACCAGAAAACAAAGGUGACUUCUUAAUUUUCUUUA